CAUAGUUUGCAUUAGGUGUUAUAAUAAAACAUGUAGUUCUCUGUGUGUCUAAACACCAUGGGGAAUGAUAGUUCUCUUGCAACUGUGGAGAUUACCGUGCAUCCUACCAUUUUCCCAAGAGCUGGAUAUGGAGUCUUGGCUUUCCUGAUGUUUAUUAAUGCUUUAUUUUCAAUAUUUAAUAAUUUUUUGGUUAUUGCUGUAACGCUGAAGAAUCCUCAGCUCCGUAACCCCAUCAACAUAUUCAUUCUCAAUGUCUCCUUUUCAGAUCUUAUGAUGUCCCUCUGUGGGACCACCAUUGUUAUAGCUACAAACUACCGCGGAUAUUUCUUCCUGGGAAAGAGGUUCUGCACUUUCCAAGGAUUUGCUGUCAAUUAUUUCGGAAUUGUUUCUCUUUGGUCCCUGACCAUUUUAGCUUACGAAAGAUACAAUGUGGUCUGCCAGCCUCUGGGAACUCUCCAGAUGAGCAAGAAGAGAGGUUACCAGCUCCUUGGUUUCAUCUGGGUUUUCUGUCUCUUCUGGGCUGUGGUCCCACUCUUUGGCUGGAGUUCUUAUGGACCCGAAGGAGUCCAGACAUCCUGCUCCAUUGGCUGGGAAGACAGAUCUUGGAACAACUAUAGCUUUCUGAUUGUAUACUUCUUGUCCUGCUUCUUUAUCCCUGUCUUGAUCAUUGGGUUUUCAUAUGGCAAUGUCAUUAGGUCACUGCGUGGGCUAAAUAAGAAAGUUGAAGAAAUGGGAGGAAAAGGUAAUCCAGAAGAAGAGUUUCGAGCCGUAAUUAUGGUGCUUGUGAUGGUGGUGGCUUUUUUGAUCUGCUGGCUGCCAUACACAGUCUUUGCUCUUACUGUUGUUAUUGACCCAGCCCUGAAUAUUUCCCCUCUGGCUGCAACCAUCCCAACAUAUCUCUCCAAAACAAGCCCAGUAUACAACCCAAUCAUCUACAUUUUCUUGAACAAACAGUUUCGUGAGUGCGCGGUUGAAUUUAUAACCUGUGGCCAAGUUGUUCUGGCAAAACCAGAUGAAGAGAUUUCGACAUCCGCAGCUCCAGCUGAAUCCAAAACUCCUUGUAAGAUCAACCAAGUGACUCCAGUCUGAUGUAGUUCUAUUGGCUGCAUUUUACAACAUUUUGUGCACUUUUUCUCCAGGAAACGUAAUGAAGCUCCUCUUCAGUGUCUUGUUAGUAAAUGAUCCAUGCCAGAAGAUAAUAAAUGUCCAUAGGGCUGCUUAUGA